AAAAUGAACUGAAAAGAGGAAAAAAAUGAAGGCAUGUGAGCGUUGUCGGUGAAUGAAGAGUGGCGCUGGAAAAACAGAGUAUGACAUAUGAUAGAUCCAUAUUUGCCUCAACUGUGGAAAUGGGGUCUCUUUCUUCCUUACUAUUAAUACUUACACAACUCAUAAUUUUAUAGUAUUACACCCCCAAAUCCACUCCUUUAUAGGCCCCCUCUAUAUACCCCACUUCCCUCUUCAUUUUUUGUCCCUUUCCUUCACACCCUCUUUGCAGCAGUUGAAAAAAAUAAUUUCCAUGCUGAUUUUCUUUUCCUUUUUUUUUUUGUCUUGAAAGGGUAGUCUUUAGUUGGUGGAGUCAUUAGAUUCCUAUGUGUUCAACAGGUGCAAGAAGAAGAAAAAAAAUAUGAACCACUGGUUGUGAAAAAUUCAACUAAAAUUGCAAUCUUGGGGUGUUCAUUAGAUUUUUUAUUUUUUUUGUGGUUCUUGGAAUGAUGCUUUGUUUGAAGCCUGAAGCUUUGGAUGAAGAUCAUCAUCCUCAAAGUCCUAAUAGUAAUACCAUUCAUGGGAAUGGGGAUUGCAAUGGUGGUAAUAAUGGGGGUUUUAUUCUACCAAUCAGUUGGGGAAGUUCUAUUAAUAGGUAUUUACAAUGGAAGAGUGGUAAGGUUUGGAGCAAGUCAUUUUCAGCUGGGGAUGAUUCUUGUAAUUCUUGUUCUGAAUUGGAGGAUGGUAAGUCCCAUGAAAGGAGUGGACAAGAGACAAAUCAACAGUUGUGUAAUUAUAAAUACCAGCUUGAGCAAGAAGUUAAAAAGUUGCAGCAGCAGUUGCAGGAAGAGACUGAUUUGCACUUAGCUCUAGCAAGUGCUGUUGAACAUUGUGGUUCACCUUCGUCUAGUUCUCCAGGCAAGCUUCCUGAUAAGGCCCAGGAGCUUUUAGAUAGCAUAGCUGUUCUCGAGAUUACCGUAGCAAAUUUAGAGCAGGAAUUUGUUUCUUUACAAUGUCAGAUUAGUCAAGAAAGGAAUGAGCGACGUCUUGCUGAGUACCAUUUAAAGCAUUUGCCAUUUCCUUCAACGUCACUUUUUGAUAGCUCUUUGGCUUACUUAACCGAACCGAUUGCAAGGCUUUGCAAUGAAGAGGAAGCCGAACAAAACACGGAUGAUAUGCAUCUGCCAGAGGCUUUUAUUGAUAACAAUUAUAUCGUGGAUAACCUUUGGCAUCAUCCCAAUCAACUAUCUGAAGAAAUGGUCUUACGCAUGAGAGAUAUUUUCAUUUUCUUAGCAGAUUCAUCCAAGCUUUCUUCUUCAUCGUCUUCUUCUUCGGUGUCACCCGCUUCACCUCACUGCCCCCUUGCCAAUUUUUUGGCAUCAUCCUCGGACUCACCCGUUGUAACUUCCUUUGUAAGUAGUCCCUCAGGAGGUGGUGCAUAUGACCCUUAUGGAAUCUCCGACAAAGUUGACUGGACAUUUAGUAUUGGGACCUAUAGUAAAGCGAUUGAAGUCUCGUGGUUGUCUGUUGGGAAGAAAGAACUUGAAUAUGCCGCUAUGGCUCUAAAAAGAUUCAGAUUGCUUGUUGAGCAGCUGUUGAGGGUGGAUCCUUCUCAAAUGAGUUCCAAUGAGAAACUGGCAUUUUGGGUUAACUUGUAUAAUGCAUUGAUUAUGCAUGCAUAUUUAGCAUAUGGAGUUCCAAGAAACGAUAUCAAACUAUUUUCCUUAAUGCAGAAGGCUGCGUACACCAUUGGAGGACUCUCCGUGAGUGCAGCUGACAUAGAAUGCACCGUUCUAAAGAUGAAUCCUGCUACUUAUCGACCUCAAAUAGCUGCGGUUUUCGCACUUCAGAAAUUCAAGGCUUCUGCUGAACUGCAGAAGUAUACAAUUGAUCAUCCCGAGCCUCUAGUUCAUUUUGCCUUAAGUUGCGGGUUGCAUUCAUCACCUGCGGUGAGGAUUUUCAGGCCUGAAAAUAUGAACGAGUCGCUAAAAAGAUCAAUGCAAGACUACAUUCAAGCAUCUGUCGGAAUAAGUAACAAAGGGAAACUAUUAGUGCCUAAAUUGCUGCAUUGUUUUGCCAAAGGAAUGGUGGAGGACUCGGUUUUACCCGAUUGGAUUUGUCAAUUCUUAUCGCCGCAACAAGCUUCCAUGGUUAAGAACUGUUUAUCACGUAAUAAGUGGAGGAUCCUCGGUGCUAGAGUAUUUUCCAUCAUACCUUUCGAUUCGAGGUUCCGGUUUCUCUUCCUAUUGGAUGAUAAGAGCAGCCAGCUUUCGAAAUCUAAAGUUUGAGCAGAGCAGGCAUUUCUCCAUAUCACAUUGUAUAGUAGUGGUUGCCGAUGAUAAUAGAUUUUCUUACAUAACAAAACUCAAUGCAUGGUUACCCAAAUUAUAAAGGAACUGUUUAAGUAUUUGAAAAA